AUGGCGGGAGGGGAAGGCGCCGGGAGCAGCGGGGAGGAGAGCCUUUCAGUGAAGGUAUUCAGAGAGCAGCUGGAAAGGAAGUGGAUGUUGUCAAGAAUCCGAGCGAAGACUGUCUUCUUGCCCUUCGAGGAAGCUGUGAAAUGGACGAGAGCGCUGGGGUGGUGGGAGAGCAAGGAGGAAUGGCAGGAGUGGAUCGAAUGGGGCGAGCUAAAGAAUCCUUACAUCCCCUCCAACCCUGAGAGGUAUUACGGAGAGCGUGGAGAGUGGAAGGGAUGGGAUUAUUGGCUGGGAGUUAGGAGCGGCUGCUCUCCUGAGGACCUGGUGGACAUUGCGACGAGGCGGACGGAGGACGGAACGCCACUUUAA